GAAACAUCAGUUCUCAUGGACUCCCUGGGGGCCGAGACGUCCCUGCGACGAGCAUUCAGGAUCCAGGUCACGACAAAACUCGGCACGCCCUCUAGAGUCGAGCUGCUCUCGCAACUGGUAACAUGUUCCGCUCCUUGUUUUGGAAUCUUCGGCAUGUGCACUACCCGAUCGCCAGCUUUUUGCCGAUUUCUGAGCUGAUCACAAGGAAUAAAACGGAGGUCGUAGCCACGUCCGGACAGUACCACAUCGGGGCGACAGGUAUGAGCGAGGGUUGAGGAAUCCUCAACUUACAGUACUGAUUGCUAAAGUCAGCAGUAAGAGAUGGUGUCAAGGAAUGCAAUCACCGCAACAGGGUUGGCAGCCUUCGCUGCAUGUGGGCUUGCCUUUCCUUUCUUUUUAAGGGUGAACACAAGUCCGAUGAUCGACUCCAGCAAGCCUUUGCCACCUCAAGCUGUUAUGAGAGGUCCUUAUGUCAACUCAGGGUCACGCGAUGCAGGACCUGACGGCAGCAGACCUUCACCCUCCUCAUAGCACUCUAAGAAUCCAACUUUUCAGAAGAGGCUUGUCCGGCAUUUCGUUCAUUGUUGUGCAGGGCUGGUGUCAAAGCAAGAAGCGCUUGUCGAGAUGGUAGCUGUGGUGGUGGAUGGUGAAUCAUGAUGACUAUGCAGUGACAUCUUUACUUUAUGCUACAUGAAUCUUGUGUGGAAAGGACUAGGUGGAGCUUGAUGUAAAGGUGUCGCUGCAUGGUCUAUCAUACUACGUGGCCAUAUCUACAGCUUCCGACUCGAUGAAAGUAGAGUUACUUAUUUGGUGAGUGGACAAUGACGCCUUUGCUACAUGCUGAAUGAAGUCUCAAUUUGAAGAUGCCAUCUAGCGUGAUGCAAAGGUGUCACUGUCUAUUCUAUCAUUCGAGGAGGAUUUUUAUCGAGUAUCUGUGCUAUCACAUAGACUCACAUAUUUGUAUUGUAAAGAAAUAAUAAGCAA